GUGAUGGAUAAAAACCUAUAAAAUGGACACAAAAACUGUGUGAAGUUAUGCAAAAAUAAAUGCCAUAGAACAAUAGGAAAACAAUAAAAAAACAGCUUGAAAGAUCGCGACUAAAAUGCUAUAGGCAACAAAUGAAGAACAAUAGUUAAAAUUGUAUUGAGGUAUAAUUGAACUGAGGACUCAUUUACAAACCUGCAUUGGAGGAGGAAGUUUCCAUUUUGUAUAGUGCCUACGCUAUUUGAAAACCUGCUGGUCACUGGCCACUGGCCACUGGAAACAAUGCCAUCGGCGUUGGACAUCGAGCCGUUCAGCCAACCGGAGUGGAGCGAUUCCAGCGACUCGUCGGAUCCCGCUCCGUUGCCGCAGCUGACGUUGGGAUACUUCGUGCCAGUCAGGUGUAAAUGCGAUCGGAACUCGCGACACGUGUGUCGGAGAAGCAGAAGAGAAUCUCCCCGCUCUCGUCGUUCCGUGUCGCAAUGCUCCUGCAACAGCAUAUCCCGUCGCUCGUCGGCGGCCGCCUCCCCCAUGCCGCUGCCGCCGCUCAACAACACCAUGGAGAUGUACGUCGAGCCCGUCGUCGAAAACACAACAGAACGUAACUCCGGCUGGGAGACUCACAGGGUGCGGCUGAACCGCGUGCCGGGCUACGGGUUCGGUAUUGCCGUGUCGGGUGGAAGGGACAACCCGCACUUCGCCAGCGGGGACCCCUCCAUCGCCGUGUCGGACGUGCUGCGCGGAGGACCCGCCGAGGAUAAACUGCAAGUGAACGACAGGAUAGUAUCAGUGAACGGCGUGCCGCUAGAGAAUGUGGAGUACGCGCGCGCCGUGCAAGUGUUGCGCGAGUCGGGUGCCACGGUCUCGCUCGUGGUGCGACGCCGAGCACCAGCGCCGCCGCCCACCGCGCCCACGGCCAUCAAACUCGCGCUCACGAGGAACGGGAAGAAGGAAGACUUUGGUAUAGUACUAGGCUGUAAAAUCUACGUCAAAGAGUUAACAAUGAGGGCGAGAGAACAGUUUAACCAGGCGGGACAGGGUCUCUGCGAGGGUGACGUCAUCACCAGGAUAAACAACACGGCGGUCACUGACGCGAUGACCUUGAAGGAGGCGAGGAAGCUGGUGGAGUCCUGCAAGGAUCGCCUCAACUUGGUGAUAACGAGGGAACUGAUCAGGGAGGAGACUGUCACCAAUGGAAAUUACCAGAAUAAUUAUAGUAGUUUAGAAGCAACCCCUCACACAACGUUUCCCAACACCGGAGAAGCCAUGUCCAGCCCCUACUCCAGCAGCGGACAGAACCUCUACGUCGCCGCACCAGUCAGAGGCGCUGACAACAGACGAGGCCCUCCCUCACACGAAGAACACCCUCCCCGACCCCCUCCGCCUAGGAAUGAUGACUACUACAGCAGUCGAAGGCAACUAUAUGAAGAAGAUGGAAUGACAAAUCAAAGAAAUAAGCCUCCGAGCGAACCACGGUUAAUAAGUUUUCAAAAGGAAGGCUCGGUAGGGCUGCGGUUGUGUGGAGGCAACCGCUCGGGGGUGUUCGUGUCCGGGGUGCAGCCCACCAGCCCCGCCGCGCUGCAGGGCCUGCAGCCUGCUGACAAGAUACUUAAAGUGAACGACAUGGAGAUGAAGGGCGUGACGCGCGAGGAGGCGGUGCUGUUCCUGCUGAGCCUGCAGGAGCGGAUAGACCUCAUCGUGCAGCACUCGCCCGACGAGUACAACGCCGUCGCCAGCGGACAGAUGCCGGGAGACUCGUUCCACAUCAAGACGCACUUCCACUACACGGAGCCGACGGAGGGCGAGAUGUCGUUCCGCUGCGGCGACGUGUUCCACGUGAUGGACACACUGCACAACGGUACCGUCGGCGCCUGGCACGUCUACCGGAUAGGUCGGAACAACCAGGAAGUACAAAAAGGCACGAUACCAAACAAAGCCCGGGCCGAGGAGCUCGCCACGGCUCAGUUCAACGCUACCAAAAAAGAGAUGUCAGGGAACGACGUGAAGCACAACUUCUUCAGGCGGCGGCGGUCUACGCAUCGACGGAGCAAAAGUCUUGGAAAGGAACACUGGGACGAAGUCGUGCUAUCGGACAGCAUAAGCAAGUUCCCGGCGUACGAGCGAGUGGUGCUGAAGCAGCCCGGGUUCGUCCGCCCCGUCAUCGUGCUGGGCGCCGUGGCCGACAUAGCGCGAGAGAGGCUUCUGUCUGAGAGUCCGGACAAAUUCUCCUCACCCAAAAUGGACAGCACUCUCGAAGACAGCAAGUCCAAGUCCACCGGCAUCAUCCGCUUGUCCAGCAUCCGCAGCAUCAUGGAGCGCGGCAAGCACGCGCUGCUGGACAUCACGCCCAACGCGGUGGACAGGCUCAACUACGCGCAGUUCUACCCCAUCGUCAUCUUCCUGAAGGCGGAUAAUAAGCACAUCAUCAAACAACUUAGAAGCGGUUUACCAAAGUCAGCCCACAAAUCGUCCAAAAAGCUACUAGAGCAGUGCCAACACAUGGAGCGCGUGUGGGGACACGUGUUCACGCACACCAUCACCCUGAGCGAGGCCAACCAGAGCACGUGGUUCAGCAAACUGGGCGACCUCAUCCAGCGCACGCAGCAGCAGCAGCUGUGGGUGUCCGAGACUAAGAGGCCUGAGCCGCUGUCAGACGACUUUUUAUUCUCGCUGUCAUCGACCUCGGAGAAUAGACUGUCUUACGCGUCGAGUCCUGAAAGUGACUUGGAAGUGAGUCCGCCGCCAGCGCCGCGCCUCGUCAAGUCGUCGUCAGAUCCUUCGAUAGCGACCACUCAAGACAACAUGGACCGCGACGAUGAUAUGAAUCAUUUGGCCGACGCGGUGCCUCCGCCGUAUUCGCAAGGUGGUUACGACAGUAAAUAUGGCUUCGCGAAUGGCAACAGCACGCAGAGCAAUGGUCCCAGCCACAACCAGAAUAUUGCCAGCAACGAGGCACCGCCGUACCAAUGCAACCCCAUGACGCAUUCACCCCCAAAUUCACCACUAUAUGGAACAGUACCAGAGCUGCCCCCGCGCAGUCAGGCGGCGGUGACGCGCCCCGCGGGAGGGGUGCUGCUCCCCGCGCCCCCGCCCGCUAGACCGCACCACGGCCUCCGACAUAACCCUUCGAAUCGUCCAAGUGCCCAGGAGCGUCUGUUCGGGCCGCCCAAGGAGGGCAGCGAUGAGACGGCGACGUACAGCGCACGCCCGGUGCAAGGACAGGACUCGCUCGACAGGCAUCGACAUCCUAACAACCCGCAAAACUCGUACGACGGCGCGCCCAAUUACGAUUACACCGGCAACACGUCAAAUAGCAACUCCAUGGGCUCGUGCCGACUGCCGCCCAACGCACCCGACGACCUCAAAGUUGCUCCGCCCACCAUUAAGUUGGAUCUCCCCCCGCCUGCCAACCCCGCAGCGAUGCCUGGCCAGAGUCCGCAGCGGAACUCCAAUUCUCACGAACACAACUCUCUCGACUAUAACAGAACCCCUGAGAAUAAUUACAGACCAACAGACAAUUACCGCACUCCGCAAACCCGGCCACCGCCCAUGAACGGUAAUAGUCCGCAUGCGCAGAAUGCCCAUAACGCCCACAAUGCGCUCAACACCCACAACGCUCACAACGCCCACAACGCUCACAACGCUCACAACGUGCCCACAACGCCCAUGCACGCGAGAGGUCCUUCGUUACCCAACGUUCCAACUAACGACCACGCUAAAUACAGUGCGCGAACGAACUCGGCGUCGCAGGCGGACUACAGCGGGCGCGCGCCGCCCUACAAGCCGGUGCCGCCGCCCAAGCCUAAGCACUACCGGCCGCCCGACCAACCGCCGCCGCAGCCACUACACCCGCAGCAUCCGCAGCACCCGCACCAGCAGCAUCCGAGGAACGGGAGCAUGGAGGCAGUGGCGGGCGCGGGCGCCGGCGGGGUGGGGCCGGGCGCGGGGGGCGUGCACUACUCGCACGCGCACUCGCACUCGCAGCCGCACCGCCCGCCGCCGCACGCGCAUGUCUACCAUCAGCAAAGCAUGUACGGCGCGGCGGGCGCUCAGAUGGUGACGCAGUCGCCUCCGUACGCCGGCCCGCCCUCGCACCGCGCCAUCAACCUGCCGCACAACCCGCAUCUUAUCGAUUUAGCAGGAAGCCGGGAACAACGAGGAUCCGCAUUCGAGCUUUACAGAAAACCACAACACAUGCACAACUUAAGCUCCUCCGAUGCCAUGAACUCCAGUGUGGAGCCGGACGAAACGUUCUCACCAAAAACUAAAAAGAAACUAUCCAAAAAACCAUCGUUCAUUAAAAACGCCGUCCUCGAUUUGUUCCGUUCGAAAUCGAAAAAUUCACAAAAAGUAUCUCGGCAGAAGUCACUGUGCGAGAGUGACUUGCAACAGAGAUACCAUCAGCAAGCGCCGAUGCUGAGACGAGAGAAGUCAGACCUCGGGGAUCUGACCGUGCACAUGAGGAAUACGCAAAUAAGAAAUCAAAUGUUGCAACGCAGCAACUCAUCCUCAUGCGAAAAACCAGUCUUGAAACCUAUCCUUAAACGACAGAGUUCGUUCUGUGACGACAGGAACGGCUCUAUAUGUACGAUAAGAGAUUACGACGCCAAGCCAGUUAUGAAAAACUUAAGAAGACAAAACUCUAUGUGCGAAAUAGAAACAGAACCUAAAGUUACCCCGUUGCUCCGUAGGCAGAACUCUCUAAUAGAAUAUAAUAGGAGAGGAGUUUACGGCCAGAACUCCAGCUUUAAUAUGAUUACCAAAAUAGAUCCCAUCUACCAAAGACAGCAACAAAUAAAACAUGAACCUUUUUAUCCUACUCAACCACUACCUCCAGAACCGAUGUACCAAAGCAAAGAACAUAUUGUAUAUGAUCCUAUUCCUAAGCCGAGAAGAACUUACACUUCUCUUUAUGAUACCUCCAGUGAGAACCCUUAUGCUAGUAGAUCAGAAAUGUCAAAUCAGAGCUUUGAAAGUCCAUACGGAAAUCGAGAAACGUUACCAAUGCCAUUAUUAGAUCCGCCAUAUGCAACAAGAGCUGAAUGCAUAAUGGACGACCCGUAUGCGACAAAAAAUGAAUUAAUGGAAAAUCCUUACACUAUGAAACAUGACGUAACGAGAAAAAACGAACCUCUGUAUAGUGAACUACCCUACGCUAGUAAAGAACAAAUGUUAAGACAAAGAAUGACUUCUGAAAGUCCUUAUGCAACAAAAGAAGAUAUGUUGCGUCAAAGAUUUUCAGAGUCUCCUUAUAACACAAAGGAAGAAAUGCUUAAACAAAGAAUGGAUGGUACAUUUACUUGCAAAGAACCAAUUUACGGUAAACGAACUUAUGAACCACCACCGAGUACGUCUUGGUCUGAAAAUCCUUAUGCAGUUCGACCAGAUCGAAGGCUACAGACACCAGUGAAUUAUCCAGGGAGAAUAUCACCUAUGACAAAAAGCAUGAGUGAACCACCCUAUGCUACUCGAUUAGAAAUGAUUGGAAGAAUAAACCAAACAGAAUCACCAUACUCUACUCGAGCUGAAGUGAAAUCCAGCUGUUCUGACAAUAAUUAUAGCACUAGAAAUGAUUUAUUUGACUUUCCACAACAUAUAAGACCUGCUUCAGCAGAAUGUACAUAUGUUUCAAAACAAGAAAUUUUAUCGCAAAAAGCUGCAUUAUUGGCAAAUAAAGAGUUAAUUUAUGGAACUAAAUUGGAAGAUAAAUUAGAAUUAAUUAAACAAAGAAAUCAAGCUAAAAAAGAAAAGAUUUAUCAGACUAGACUUGAAGCAAAUGAAAGCGAUUCCAUGAAAAGUAGAGAACCCUUGUAUGUCUCUAAGAGAGAAUUGAAAGACAGUGUCAUAUAUGAGUCUCACCAGGAGGCAAAAAACGUACCAUUACCUGUAAGCCAUGAAAGCAGUGCAAGAAAUAGCCCGUAUGAGUUAAGUGACGCUAAUCAUUUAGUGCGACGCGAUCCAAUCUAUCAAACAAAAGUGGAGGCGCAAAACGGUGAAAUUGAUGCUUUCCAAGAGAUAGAUUUCUCCAAAUUAAGGUUGACAGAAUCUAAAACUGACGCGGAGAAAGAAAAAUCAUUAAACACAGAAAAUAAAAUUUUAAAAGGAGAACCUCAAUAUGCUCCAAGAUUACACGGUAAAGCUAUUGGACAUAUUUCUAAUGCACUAAAAGUUACUUCAUCACCUGUGCCUUACGAAUCUACAACAUCUAUGGAGACUCAUUAUGCCUCAGAAUGUAGUAUGAAUUUUGAGAACAAACCACAAAGUACUCCAUACACAUCACAAGACUUACUUGAACGUGCUUCUAAGACUAAUCGUACAGUAACUUUUUGUGAACAAAUUCCAGAGAAUCCAGAUAGUCAGGAAAAUUCAGAUAACAUUUCAUCUAGUAGGAACGAAACUACUGUAUUAAGUAACGACAAAACUGUUGUCAAUGCUGAGACGUCAGAUGUGAUUAAUACCGCCAAUAGUACGGCAGAAGUUGAACCAGAUGGCCCUCAAACAACUUGGGGCAUAUUCGACAGUGAAGGUGGCGUGUUAGAGGACAGGCAUUGGGGCGUAUCACUUAUCAUUCCCCCAAAAGCUAUAGCUCCGGGGAUCAAGCAAAAAAUCUAUUUUACCGUGUCCGAUCCACGACUGAGCCAGCGAGUGGGGGGACCACCCAUCGAUAUGGAUAACGGUGAAGCGAUGCUGUCCCCACUAGUGAUGUGCGGUCCUCAGGGUCUGGUGUUCCUCAAACCGGUCACCCUUCGGUUGCCGCACUGUGCCAACGCCGUCCCAUCCCUAGGCCUGACCAUAAAGGCGACGGACACCGAGGCACACCUUAGCACUGACUGGGAUCAAAUACACUUGCCCGCUACUACAACACUCAACACCGUUGCAGUGAAAGUCGACCAUUUUUGAUUGUCAAAAAAUACAUUCCUGUGAAUUUAUCAAAUAUGAUUUAAUGAAAUUAACGAAAAAUGUAAAAUUAAUUAGGGAUCCAUCUUGUGCUUGGGGGUAAUAACGAAUUAAAUGAAUAUUCCAAAAAUUAUAUCUGCUAAACCAGCCAAUAUUUUUUGUUGUCGCGAUUAUAUCGCAUUUUAUUUUUCUUUUUAACAGACGUGUACCUAAUGUACGUAGGUAAAGGCAAAAAUAUAAUGUGUUAUAUAAAUGGAAUAAAAAAAAGAAAUUUUACGGAUAUAUCCUUUUUCGUAAUUACUCCAAAGUACCUAAGAAAAAUACUAAAUGCAUUGAUACAAACCUAAAAAGGCUAUAAUUUCCUGAUUACUGUGACAAAAGAAUACGAAUCACAAAAAAAAAAAAACAAUUUAUGCAGAGACUCGUUCUUGAUUACAAUUUUGGUGUAAUUGCAUUGUUUAUAAAAAGAUAAAUAUUUAUCAUUGUUCCCAGUUUAUACCAGUGAAGAAGUUUUUUUGGUUAUAGGUUGGUUGGUUCCGUCGCCUACAUCUUAGUAGUAUUGAGGUUACUACAAGAUUAAAAUUAUAUUUUCUUAAAUUUACUAUACCUAUGUUUCAUUACGAUUAGGUAAAUCCUACGUAUACCUAUUACCGUCAAAUUCUAUGGCCGUUGGAUGCUCAUAACUUUACACAACAAUGAAGUGUGUAACGGUCAAAAAAAUUGACGCGGAAUAUUAUUAUUAAUAGAAGAAAAUAACCAAGGAUUUUUUGAUUGAUAUUCUCAAAACACCCACCUUAUUUUAAUAGGAUCAUUAUAUUAAUGCAAGUAUGUGGUGCUAGAUUGUAAUAACUAUUGAAAAAUAAUGUAGGAAUCAUGCAUAUCGAUAAACUCCUGCAGGGUUAUUAUGUAAUUUGGUGUACCAUUCAAGAAAUCAGUCACUACAUCGUUUUUCAUCGUAUUUUCGUUUUUGCAAUCAUUUAACAUUGUGUUUUCAACGAAAUAAUCUUAACUACAUAAUUUUACAUUAAGUGGUAAUGUUUCUACGAUCAUCUAACGAAAUUAUUUCACCGAAAUUACGUAUAUACCAGUUUUUUGUUAAAAUAACUUUACUAACUGCUGCUAAAAUAUACUACUAUACUAAUGUUACUUUACGUAAAAUUAUGAUAAUUGUGUAAUUUCGUUGAAAACACAAAGUUAGAACUUAGAUGAUUGCAAAAACGAAAAUCAUUGAAAACCGAUCUAUAGUGACUGAUUACUAGAAUGGUACACCGAGUUACAUAAUAACUCUGAUAAUUUCUUGUACAAUUUCUAAAUGUAUCUCUCAGUUUAAAAGGUAUGCUAUCCUUUUUAUCAGCCUCAUUGUAGAAAAGGAUGCCAGCAAUGAGUUGACAUUUAUGGAUAGUUUAGAAAAUGUGCAAACGUAAUAGCAACAUGGAGUCAUUAUUUUAUGCUAAUAAAUGAUACUAACAAUUGUUUCAAUGACUUAAAAAAAUUGUCUUACCGUAAUGUAGUACUAAUAAAUAAUUUAGGUUCCAUAAUGUUCAUAUAUUUAAUGUUUAUUACCCUUUAAGUUAACCUUUGAACAUUUUAUUGUUUCUAGACGGAGUUUUAAGCACAGACUAAAAAUAUAUUUUGUAAUUGGCUUCCGUAGAUUAAUAAGAAUGGAAUUGAAGUGAUCGAUUAUUGCAUUAUUAUUGUUUUUUUUGAUAGAGAAAAAAAGCAAAAUGUAAUGUUACUUUUAAUUUUAUAAGUUCGGCCUUACCGGCUUAGUCAUAUACCUAUGUUAUACGUAGAUAUAAGUACGUAAGCGGACGACACUGUAUGUAUAUUUUAUUGUUACUAGUGAUACGCUGGUUUUACCUUGACUCGAUUAUUAAAUUUUAUAUAUAAAAA